GAUAUAAUAAUACCUUAUAAUGCUGUAUUGUUUGACAGGGAGGAAAUUUACUGACGGCCGAAGCCGAAUGGUUUGGUUCUGACUCUGUAUUUACCCACAUGAUCAUACUGACCGCUUCAUGAGGCUUUUUAUAGUAUAUAGUCUCCUAAAGAGAGAAUCGGAUGAUGAGGGGGGUGUCCCGUCCCCCCCUCCUUUAUUAUUAUUAUUAUUAGUAUUAGUAUUAAUAUUUAUUUAUUUAUUUAUUUAUUUAUUUCUAACAGCGUCACAUACACCGUUAUUUUCUCCCGUCCUGCUCCUGCCUGCCUAGAGAAAGGCCGUUAAUUCACAAUGCUGGUGCUAGUGAUGUCUGACACCAAAGCUGAUUUGAUCAAUAUCCUAACAGUGCUAAUACGUGCUACUUUCAUAGCCUAAUAUAUGCAAAUAAGAAUGGUUAUGCAAUAAAAGAAGAAUGUGCUGACUGCCAUAUUGUUUAAUAUGAGGACCUUAGUAACAUGGCGUAUAAUUGCACGAUAUUAUUAAAUAUUAGUAGCCUGUGUUAGUUAUUGUUAUUGUAUGGGCAUUGUUGUUGUGUAUUGUCUAUCGUAUGAGCGUAUUAUUAUUAUUUUAUUAAGCAUAAACAACAACAAUUCAAGCGUUGUUGUUAUUAUAAUAAUAAUGAUGAUAUUAAUGAUUAUAACAAUAAGGGUCGGGGGUUCGAGUCCUACCGUGGCCCUGUGUGUGUGGAGUUUGCGUGUUCUCCCCGUGCUGCGGGGGUUUCCUCCGGGUACUCCGGUUUCCUCCGCCAGUCCAAAGACACGCAUGGUAGGCUGAUUGGCGUGUCUAAAGCGUCCGUAGUGUAUGAAUGGGUGUGUGAGUGUGUAUGUGAGUGUGCCCUGUGAUGGAUUGGCACCCUGUCGAGGGUGUACCCCGCCUUGUGCCCCAUGCGCCCUGGGAUAGGCUCCAGGUUUCCCCGUGACCCUGAAAAGGAUAAAGCGGUAUAGAAGAUGGAUGGAUGUUUGUCAUGUUUAUUAGCCUAUGUCACGUGUGUUGCAUUAUUUUAAACUUCAUUGUUAUAUUUUGGGUUAGUUUUGCCUUCUGAAUUAAACUUCAGUAUUGCCUUUUGCGUGUGUUAUUUGGUAUCCUGUGUAUUGACAUGUAAUUUACUUCGCCAACCAUUUCGAACCUUAUGCAUCCUUGCAGUUCUGGUAAUCUUUUUUUUUUUUCUUUUCAUUUAUUUAGUAUGCUAUUCAUAAAGUGCCCACGUGUAAAUAAAAUGUGAAUACUAGUAUGCUAAAUGGGUAAUUGAGUUGUCAUAACUGAAGUUGUGUUUUCAUUCUGAGGCAAAAUGUCCACGCGUAAUUUGGCCGUCAAUCCAGGAUUUAGCGAUUUUUUCCAUGGCAGAAAUGAACGCAAAAUCGAGCAAACCCCUCGGAAAUUUUUUUUUUUUUGGAGAUUUUCCGCAGAUUUGGGGCCAAGACGCGUCUCGCGACGUCAUUCACGGCGCGUUCAGCCGAUGCCCUCUUCGAAUCAUCUGCGUCGAACAUGAGUACAGCUAAAAGGUCGCAUCACCGCGGAAGACUGUUUCGUUCGCAGCUGCGAUUUCGCCGAUUCAAGUAGUUUUCCGCGACAAAAGCGCGAAAAAACGCCGCAAGUUGCGUCGCAAAUUUUUUUUUUUAAAGCCGCGGCAAAAUCGAGCGUUUUUGGCCGCGACAAUCACAAAAAAACUCCGUGAAAUCCUACACGGAUCGAUUUGGGAUUCGAUAGACAUACAUAAGAUUCCAUUUUCAUUAGAUAAGCAGUAAGCAUCCAGUGGAAAAGGCAGAUUUGAACCACUUGGUUUGGCAGACAGUUGAGCCUUCCUAAAUCAUACACUGUAAAAAAUAAUAAUAAUAAUAAUGUAGGUGUUACAGAAAUGUACUGGCAACCUUGGUUGCCAAUACAGUACUGUAACAUUUACAGUAAACAACAUUAAAACAUAUUUACAGUAAACAACUGUAAUACCUUCUAUGACAAAGUAAUACACAAUCCAGUGCAUGUCCUGAUUUGAUUGAUGCAGGAUACAACUAAGCUGAAGGUUAAGGGUUUUGCUCAAGGACCCAACCAUGGCAACGUGCAUAAAUGUACAGAAAUAACGUAGCAUUUUGGCAUUGCAGAUCUUCCAGUUUCUAUUCAUCAGACAGCGGGCAUAACGGCUCAAAUAAAUCAUGAGGUAGUCAGAAGCAGGAGAAUGGGGCUUCGGUUGGCGGAGAAGGGGCACCACAGCAAGCGGAUGGUUGUAUUCGUGGCGCUCUUUCUCAUCACCACUCUCUUCUUCCUCUACAACUCCAACAGUACAAAUGAGUCAUAUGAGACUUUUAAACUGGCAGCGUAUAACAGUGCCACCAAAAACACUGACCUGAAGAAAUGGGCUGGAAAAGAUGGGUACAUUCCUGUUUUUGGCAACAAGAGUCUGACCCUACACUGUGGCCAGUGUGCAAUGGUGACAAGCUCAAGCCACCUACUGGGCACCGGUGCCGGAGCAGAGAUUGACCGCGCCGAGUGCGUGAUCCGCAUGAAUGAUGCACCUACAUCGGGGUUUGAGGCUGAUGUGGGAAAUAAAACUAGCCUCCGUGUUGUUGCUCACUCCAGUGUGAUUCGUUUCUUCCGAAAACCCCAAGAGUUCCUCAACUGCUCUGACUGCCCAUCCGUCAUUUUCUGGGGUCCGCCCACAAAGAUCGGACCCAGUGCCAAUGGUGCUCUCUACAAGCUGAUCCAUCGUGUCGCCGCCACAUGCACCAACCUCACAACCUUCGUCGUCACACCGAGCAAAAUGCGCAAGUUCGACACACUCUUUCAUAAAGAGACCGGCCGAGACAGACAGAAGUCGCAGUCGUGGCUGAGCACUGGCUGGUUCACCAUGGUCAUCGCUAUAGAGAUCUGUGACAAAAUUAAGGUUUAUGGGAUGGUGCCUCCCAGCUACUGUGGGAGGCAUCCUCAGCCUAAAAGAAUGCCAUAUCACUACUAUAAACCCAGAGGGCCAGAUGAGUGUGUAACGUACCUGCAGAACGAGAGGGGCCGCCGUGGAAAUCACCAUCGCUUCAUCACUGAAAAACAAGUUUUUGCUCGCUGGGCCAAACUCUACAACAUCAGCUUUGUACACCCCACCUGGUGAGAAAUGGAUAGCAAAAAGGCUGCCAGUCUCAUUCCUGGAGAUCCAAUAUGGCCACCAGCUCACCUCUCAGCCUAAUGAGACACUGAUCUAAAAUGGCUACCAGCCACAAUAUCCUUCCAGUGUGAAACAGUCAGCCUUACUUUCAGCUCAACAGGGGUACGGUCCAACAUGGCCCGCAGCGCCAAUCUCCAACUCCAAGGAAAUGUAUUAGUUUUACUCUCAAAAUCAUCCAAAAUGGUACCCAGCCUCAAACUGAGUCUAAUGAGAAGCUGCUUUAACAUGACCACCUGUCGAGAUAAAGUCAAAUGGCUGCUUAUUUUACCCAAAGCCUAAAGAGAGAUUAAACCAAAAUAACUGCUGUGUUCACAUUUAUUACCACUGAUACAAAUUGACCACUGGUUUCCACACGGUCUCAUUUAGAUGAGGAAAUUCUUCAGACCUUCUUAUAGAUCUGGCCAAGCUGAAUAAUCCGAGUUUGAAAAUGGUGCAUGCUUAGACUUUAGAGAGUGUCAUCUCUUUAUUAUACAGUUUGGCCAUUCGAAAGCCUGGAAAAAUAUACCAAUCGUUUUCUUUAAACAGAUUUUAAGUCUUUUUAAAAAAUUUACCAAAUAAAACGUAAACUUAUGAUAGAGUUAAUGAUAUUGCAAUAAUCAGCAAAGCGGUGCAGAGUACGUCUUUUUGUAAACAAUUCCAUUAUAAAAUUCUGGUUUAAAAUUAUUGCUACAUAUUCAUAUUUUUACAAAUGCCAUAAAGAGCCCCCCCCCACCCCCCAAAAAAACCCCCCACUGCUCAUGAAUGGUACUUUUAGAUUACACAGAUUUCCAGUGUUGGGAGGGCAUAGAGAAAGAGAGAGAGACCCUGAGAGUUUUAGUUAAAAAGGACCCCAGUGCACAUUUGGAUACAUUUGGCCAGGAUUUUCGUGUUUUGUUGCCAACAUUUCCAGAAGCACUUGUAAGGGUUCUUUAAAAAAAUAAAAAUAAAUAAUUAAUAAAAAUUUAACCAAAGCCUUUACUUUCCAUUGUAACCGUACUACGAUGUGACCUUUUAAUUUUAAUUUAAUUUUAUUUAUUUUUUAAAAAAAAAACAACGGUUUUUUAGACGGAUCAUUCUCUUUCAUGUCUCAAUAUUUCAAGAUGGACUGCAAUCACUGCCCACCUAAUGUGCCAGCAACACAUGCAAAGACAAAAAGUCCAAGUGUUUUAAUUCACAGAUUCUCUUCUAAUUUUAUUAGCUAAUGCUCUAGAGCUAGUAAUUAUAGACAGAUGAUUCAUCCAGCUGAAAAUCCUGCAAAUUCUAUUCAUAAAAAAACAAAACAAAAAAAAAAGUUUCUUGUGUUCAUAACUAGUGUCUGUUAUCUCAACAUAUUCAAAAAUGUGCUGCCAUUGCUGAAGCAAACAAGUGCAAAACGUGUAGGACGCCCGUUUCCGAGAUGUAAACUCGUAAUUGCGAGAAACAACAUCAAACAACAUCAAAUUUGUGCGAUGUGAACUCAAAAUCGCAAGACGUUACGCAAGUCGUAAUCGUGAGAAAUAAAGUCGCAGUUACCUUUUUCAUUUUGUUUUACCUGUGGCGGAAACGGGCUUCCAUAAUAAAACGUGUAGGAAAGGAAGAACAUUUUAAAUCAAAGCAGGGCAGGGCAUCUGGCGUGUGUAGAAGCCUGGAGUUUUUAGCAGUCUGCUACUGCCGUUACAUUUAAGACACUUGGUUUAAUUCUUACACACGUAUCUGUAAAUGUAAUUACACAGUAAUAUGUAUUAGGUUUCUAACUAAAUGAGUUUGUUUGCAUGGCACUAGAGCUGCAACGACUAAUGGAUAAAAUCGAUCGAUUAGUCGGUCUACUUCUGUUCUGAAAAAAUUCUGAGUCCUAAAUGACGCACUAUACACGAUACACUUACACUAUGCACUAUGUACUCUACCGUCUAGUGUAUGGAUUUUAGAAAGGUAAUAUACGCCGUUUCCCAGUCGAUGGCACAUGACGUCAAACGCACGUAAUGCGCCGCCGCUAGCUUUAGCAGAAAACCCAGCAUUAACGAAAAUUCAUUUCUUCAGCUUAGCGUUUAUGUCAAAAGUUACCUUUUAUGCCCACCAUGACCUCGGUCAUCAUCCGACGGAGGCGCAGUCGUCAAGUGACGGCGGGAAAAAGCGUGCGACCCGCUAAGGCGUGGGAACAUUUUACUUUGAAUUGCGCUGGUGUAGCACGGAAGCACGAGCACAAACUUAUGUUUAUAUCCAAAAUGCUCCAGUGUGCACAAGGGGUUGGGGAAAUUAAAAGGUUUAGUUUAAUUCAAGUUUAUUAUAUAUCAUUAUAUGCUGUAUUUGCGCGCAUGCAGUGUAAAUUCUGUCGUUUAUUAUAACGGGAGCGAUCCGUAAGUGAUCCAUCUGUAACGAGGCCGCGUUGCUCCUCCGUCGCGACGUAGACGCGGUGAUAAACGGCGAGUGAGAUCGGUAAUGUCUAAUUAAAACGGUACGAUCAAAGUAAACAUCGGUAAAACAUUAUACCUAAAGACUGUGAGUAACAGAAACCGUAAGGUGCCGUGAACGUGAGCCUUUUAUUAUUAUUCUAGGACUGUAAUCGAGACUGUAUGGAAAAUGUGGCUUUUAAAAAAUCCGAUUCAUCGAAGGAAAACAAUUGUCAGAUUAAUUCGAGUGUGAACGUAAUUGUCAGUCGCAGCCGUACAUGGCACUACACAAAAUGCUAUUGCCUAGCUUUGGCAGUGAUCUAACUGGAUGGAGGCUAACCACCUCGCUCACUGUGGAUGUUCCCUAUCUGCUUAUGACCCAUGACCUUUGACAAGCAAUAUCGGGAAUGUUUAUAAGUCUACCUUAAAGUGCACCUAUUAUGCUUUUGAAACGUGCCUAAUUAUGUUUAAAAGUCUCAUACGAUAGAUUUACGUGCAUCCGAGGUCAAAAAACACUUUAACGUGCUCAUCGUUUAAAUUGCAGCGUCACCUUUUUUCCCCCCAGUGUCACAAACGACUCGUUAAAUGAUCCGUUCUGAAGGAUUCGUUCUAAACUCCUCCUUUCAGAGAGCAUACUCUGAUCUGAUUGGUCAGACGUCCCAGUCUGUCGUGAUUGGUCUACCGCUGUCAGCGAGCAGCCGAUGAAGACCAGAGGCGGGGGCUUUUUUUUUUUGUUGUUACAAACCUAGGUAGGUUAGUACAGGAAGUAAAGUCUGGAAUCACUGACGACUCGAUUCGGCUGUUCAGAAUCGGUUCCUUUUUUUUGGGAGUCGAUGACUCGGUUUGUCGUGCGCUUUGAUUUUUGAAACUUGGCAGACUUUUUACGUUCACAAACAGCGACAUAUAUAACACACGACGUGAAAGGGAAUAUUUCGAAAAACCAUCAUAGGUGCACUUUAAGGCCUGAGUUCUACUUUUGCCUUGCUGUGUAUUUGUAGCGUGACCCAGAAAGGGAGUUUAUGGGUUUGUGUGGCACAAUUUGAUGGAUUUGAUUCUCUGGCUUGCUUUCCUCCAUGGAGCUAACUGUAUAUUGUGAAUGUCUAUGGUGCUGUGCAACCGUCCUACAGGCGAACGUCGAUUGGUUGGUCAGGGAGUUGUGUCCGGUUGCAUACCCAGAAACAUUUUAAUGACACGUUGUGACCCUAAUCAAAGUUUUCAGAAUAAUUCACCUUGAUUUAAUCUAGAUUUAAGCUUAAUCCUUAUUGGUGCAACCCACCCUAGGUUAAAUUAAAGUGCUUCAGUACAUGAGCCACUCCAUACACCUUAUGCAGAGUGAAAACGAUAGUAAAAAAAAAAAGAAA